AGAAGAAGAAGAAGAAGAAGAAGAAGAAGAAGAAGAAGAAGAAGAAAAAAAAGAAGAAGGAAGUUCGUUUCACACCGGAAGCACUUCUUAAGUUUCUGUCGUGUUUAAACUUCCGCUGAGCAUUUUCAGGUGGUGGAGAGUGGACGCUGAUGGGGGACAAAAAGGAGACCUGGAAAGUAAAAACUCUUGACGAAAUCUUACUGGAAAAAAAACGCAGAAGAGAAUUAGAAGAGAAAACCGACCUUAAACGCCAGAAAAAUUUCUCACAGGGCGUUGUUCCACAGGCGAAUGAUCGGGAACCGAAACGAGACACUCCGGAGGAAGGAGAACUACGAGAUCAAAGAAUGGAAAUAACAAUUCGUAACUCCCCGUAUGUACGGGAGGACUCAACAGAGGACAGAGGAGAGGAAGAUGAAUCACUAGCAAUCAAGCCCCCACAGCAGGUAGCGAGGAAGGACAAGUCCCAUCACAGAAAGGAGGAGAAGAGAAAGGAUAAAAGACGUCACCGCAGUCACUCUGCUGAAGGAGCAGGAGGAAAACACGUUCGAGCCAAAGAUAAAGAUAAAGAAAAAGAGCGAGACAGCGAUCGCAGGAAGCGCCGAUGGGAAGAAGAUAAAGCUCGCAGAGACUGGGAGAGGCAGAAACGACGGGAACAAGCUAGAGCUCAUUCUCGCAGAGAAAGAAGAAAACUACAAGAACACUCCUCUCCUCCAGCUGUUCCUAGGUGUCUAGCGGCUAAUGCUAAGGACCGUCUGGAGCAGCAGGAGCGCCAACGGGAACGAGACCGAAAGAUUCGUGAACAACAGAAAGACCAACGGGAAUUUAAAGACAGAGAGAGGAGGGUUGAAGAUCGACACAAAGAAAGAGGGACUCGACGAGAAAUGCCGUCUCACCAUCGCAUGCUGCCUGACGAGUAUGAUGACAAGUUAAAACAAAGUCAGCGCAGUCGUAGUCCUACCCGCGGUUCCCGGGACAGAUCCGAGCAAAGCGAGCCACGGAAAAUCCCAGCAUCAAAAGAGGACAGGGCAGAUGUUCAAGACCUGCUUGCAGACCUCCAGGACAUCAGCGAUGCUGAAAGGAAGACCAGCACAGCAGAGUCCUCCAUGGCAUCAGGGUCGGGCUCUGAAGAAGAGGAGGAUGAUGAUGAAGAAGGAGAGGAUGAGUCCAGUAGCCAGAGUGAGGUUGAGGAGGUGGAAGAAGACGAGGAGGAGGAGUCUGUUUCAGUGUCCGGACGGUCUGAGCAGAGUGCAGAGGAUGUGAGUGAGGAAGAGCAGUCAGAGGAAGACUUUGAAGAGGAGAGGGAAAAUGGAAAGCACGUACCUGCAGUUCUAGAAUCCCGUUUUGACCACAAUUCUGAGGACAGCGGGGAGGACGAGGAGGAGGAGGUGGAGGAGGAGGAAGAGGAAGAGGAGGAGGAGGAGGAGGAAGAAGGUAGAGAGGGCGAUCCCACCCCUCAGUCUCAAACUCAUUCCCGCUCCCAAACCCCCGAGCCAAACUACAUCCCAGGGUCCCCACCAGUUUCACCUGUGGAGCUGAAGAAGGAGCUGCCCAAAUACCUGCCGGCUUUGCAGGGCUGCCGCAGCGUUGAAGAGUUCCAGUGUCUGAACCGAAUAGAGGAGGGAACCUAUGGGGUGGUGUACAGAGCCAAGGACAAGAAGACUGAUGAGAUUGUUGCCUUAAAAAGGUUGAAGAUGGAGAAGGAGAAGGAAGGCUUUCCUAUCACAUCUUUAAGAGAGAUUAACACAAUCCUGAAAGCUCAACAUCCAAAUAUUGUCACAGUCAGGGAAAUUGUUGUUGGAAGCAAUAUGGAUAAGAUCUACAUCGUGAUGAACUAUGUAGAGCAUGACCUGAAGAGUCUGAUGGAAACCAUGAAGCAGCCCUUCUUGCCCGGAGAAAUAAAGACCCUUAUGCUUCAGCUCCUCCGAGGAGUCCGACAUCUCCACGACAACUGGAUCCUUCAUCGUGAUUUGAAGACGUCUAAUCUGCUGCUGAGCCAUAAGGGAAUACUCAAGAUCGGGGACUUUGGUUUGGCGCGAGAGUACGGCUCGCCCCUGAAGCAGUACACCCCUGUUGUAGUGACUCUGUGGUACCGAUCUCCAGACCUGCUGCUUGGAGCCAAGGAGUACUCUACAGCUGUGGACAUGUGGUCAGUGGGCUGCAUAUUUAGCGAGCUCCUCACCCAGAAACCUCUUUUCCCUGGAAAAUCAGAAAUUGACCAAAUUAACAAGAUUUACAAGGAUUUGGGGUCACCCAGUGAGAAGAUCUGGCCUGGCUACAGUGAAUUACCUGCUGUGAAGAAGAUGAGCUUCACAGAGUAUCCCUACAAUAACUUGCGAAAACGCUUUGGAGCUCUGCUGUCAGACCAAGGCUUCGACCUCAUGAACAAAUUCCUCACCUACUGCCCCAGUAAGAGGAUCUCAGCUGAUGAGGCUCUGAAGCAUGAGUACUUCAGGGAGACACCCCUCCCGAUCGACCCCUCCAUGUUCCCCACCUGGCCGGCCAAGAGCGAGCAGCAGAGGGUGAAGAGAGGCACCAGUCCUCGUCCACCCGAGGGAGGCCUGGGCUACAGUCAACUGGGUGACGAUGACCUGAAAGACACCGGUUUCCACCUGACAACCAGCAACCUGGGAGCAUCUGCCGUCGGCCCCGGAUUCAGCCUAAAGUUCUGAUCCAGAACCUGCAGGGCAUUUUUCUGCCUCGCUGAGAGGAACAAAGCAAUAAGUUCUGGGACUCGUUUGUCUGAAGCCAGACGGUUUGCAACUUUAGGCCAGAUCGGUAUGUGCUAAACAAAAACUGUUAUCAGAUAGUCAGGACUGUCUAACAGCAAGACUCGUUUUACUUGGAAAUCUUCUUCAUUCUUCAGAGAAUUCACCAUUUCAGAAGUGACUGUUUCAGCUCCUCAACUGGAAUCCACUUGUUUGGUUGGUUUCCUGGCUACCUGAGCUACUGUAUAAUCAUGCUGAUUUUCUGUAUGAUGCGUCCAGCAUCAUGUCUGAAAUCUACUCAGCUGACAUGACGUUAGGUUGAUAGUGUUUUUAUAAGAAAUAAAGUUUGAAACCUUG